CCUAAAGGCUGAAGGUACCGAAAAACAUUCGUUGAAGAUCGUUCUUUUGUGUCUCUAACGUCUGUUAAGUAUUUCCGAGGUUUCUUUCAUUAUUUUGGUGGAAAGCGUUGAAAAAUGGGCGAUCAUCUGCCAUUUUUUGCCGAAUAUGCAAAAAGUGGAAGAUCUUCCUGUAAAGCAUGCAAAACUUCCAUUCCCAAGGAAGCAUUGAGAAUCGCCAAAGUCGUCCAGAAGCCUGCUAAUAGAAUUUUCAAUAAAAAUACCGCAGAACAUCCAUACAAUUUCUACCAUUUCUUGGCUGGAUUUUUUCAUGAAAUAUGGAGCGCCUUCCAUGAUGGGGUGCAGCAGAAUUGGUUCCACGAGCGGUGUUUUUGGUCAAAGGCAAAAGUAAAAACCGCUGGAGAUAUUGCGAACCUCGAAAACCUCGUCUGGGAAGACCAGGAGAAGAUUCGCAAUCGUAUUACCUCCACAGAUACCCCAGAUGCAGCAUCAAGUGGUUCAAGCUCGUCCCGCAAGCGCCCCAUCUCUCAGGAAAACUCCGACUUCUCCGUGGCGCAUGCCAAGUCCAAUCGUUCUACGUGCGUAGGUUGUGAGACUCCAAUCCACAAAGGUGACGUUCGCAUCUCCAAAUUGGACUUUGAGAGUGCGACAGGCCAAAAACUGAAUGGAGUGGCACGCUGGCAUCACGUGGACUGCUUUGUCAAGCUCCGGUCUUCCCUGGAGUUCUACAAUUCCGCUGAGACGCUCCCAGGAUUCAAAACCCUCAACAAGGAUGAACAGAAAGAUCUCAAGUCUAAACUUCCAAAAAUGAAAGCUGCCGACAUUCCUCCACCCCCGAAGAAAAUGAAGGAAGAGCCCGUCGAUGAGGAAGAGGUUAAACAAAUGAAGAAGCAGAAUGAAAAGCUCUUUAAACUUCGUGAGAAGCUGCAAACAAUAACAAAAAACGACCAGGUUGAGCUGAUGGAGUAUAACGGCCAGUAUGUCCCUUCUGAUAGCGCCCAAUUGCUGAAUACCCUUGCCGACCAGAUGAUUUUUGGUGCCCUCAAGCAUUGCAAAAAGUGUUCAGGAGGUCUACAAUUCGUCUCCGGACAGGGUUACAAAUGCAUGGGUGACUUGACCGAAUGGACAAAGUGCGAGGAAAUCACGCAAAAUCCAGAGAGAUCAAAAUUUAAGAUACCUAAGGACUUGAAAGAGGCAAUCCCGUUCUUGGCUACAUUUAAACCCAAGAUCGAGCGGCGUAUCUUGAGGAUAACCGCACCAUCAACAUCAAAAGGGGUCAAGAAAGAGGAGGAAGCCUCAGGACCAGCGGUGAAUCGUGGCCCAAUGCCCCUUAAAGGAAUGGAAUUCUUCAUUGCUGGUAAGACUAUCAAGAGCAAAGAGGAUCUCAGGAAGGACAUUAUGAACCUGGGAGGACAGGUGGUGUCUAGAGUCCACGAGAAUUUGGCUGCUGUCAUUGCUGAUGAGAAAACCAUGAAGAAAGGAGCCAAAGCAUUUGACAAUGCGCAGCUGUAUGAAGUCCAAGUUGUCCCCGAGGACUUUGUGGAUGAGGCAAAGGACUUUAAGGAGACCCCAAUCACUCUCAUAACCAAAAAGAAUAUUGCACCUUGGGGAGGUGAUCCUACCACAAGAAUUUCUGUCACCAUGGAGAAAUCAUCAUCAUCAUCGCGGGGGAAGAGCAUGUACGAGAAGAAAUCCUCAGGGAAAGUUAAACUGAGGGUUAAAGGAGGUGGGGCGGUUGAUCCUGCGAGUGGGCUUGAAGACGUUGCUGGAAUUUACCAGACGGGAAAGGACAAGUACACAGUCACACUGGGUUUGACUGACAUACAAUCAGGGAAAAACAGUUACUACAAGCUACAGGUACUCAAGCACGAUAGACAGGAAAAAUACUGGCUGUUCAGAAGCUGGGGGAGGAUUGGAACAACUAUUGGUGGCGAUACGUGCGACGAGCUGGCCGUGGAGAACGCCAUAAAAACGUUCAAGACCCUGUAUCGAGAGAAAUCCGGAAAUGAGUGGGAGGCUCGUGAAUAUUUUGUCAAGUAUCCGGGGAAAAUGUAUCCCAUCGAUGUCGAUGAGGAUGAUGAAUCAUCCAAUAUUGAGAGCCUUGAGUCAGAGAUCAAGAGUAAACUCAAAAAACCUGUCCAAGACCUGGUGAAGCUCAUAUUCGAUAUCAAUCUCAUGAAGAAGGUUAUGAAGGAGUAUGAACUGGAUACUGAUAAGAUGCCAUUGGGCAAAUUAUCGAAGAAGCAGCUGCAGAAGGCUUUUGGAGUAUUGAAGGAGGUACAGGAACUAUUGACCAAAGGUGAUCCUGACAGGGUACUACUGAUUGACGCUUCAAACAGGUUUUACACACUUGUGCCACAUUCCUUUGGCGUUGGUGAGCCAACGAUUUUGGAUAAUGAGAUCCUCAUUCAAUCGAAAUGCCAGAUGCUGGAUUCACUCAUGGAAAUGGAAAUAGCUUACAACUUGCUCAAUGUUAAAUCAGAGACUGGAAAGAGUCCUAUUGAUGCCCAUUAUGAACAGUUGAAUACUGAUAUCGAUGUCUUGGAUAGAGAGAGCAAGGAGUUCAAAAUUAUUGAGGAGUAUGUCACAAAUACUCAUGCUGCUACCCACACCAUGUACAAUCUGGAUAUUCAGGAUGUCUUCGUAAUUAAGAGACAGGGGGAGGAGAAGCGAUUCAAGCCAUUCCGAAAAUUACCAAACAGAAAGCUGCUUUGGCACGGUUCCAGAACCACCAAUUACGCUGGUAUUCUAUCUCAGGGAUUGAGGAUUGCACCACCGGAGGCACCUGUCACUGGUUAUAUGUUCGGUAAGGGUAUUUACUUUGCUGAUAUGGUGUCCAAGUCAGCGAAUUACUGUUGUACCAACAGCCAGAAUCCCACUGGACUUCUAAUGCUAUGUGAGGUAGCCCUUGGAAAUAUGUAUGAGAGACUUCAAGCCGAUUAUAUCGAGAAAUUGCCAAAGAAUAAGCACUCGACAUUUGGUAGGGGACAGACUCAUCCUGAUCCAUCCAAGACUCACGUCAUGGAGGAUGGACUGGAGGUCCCUUGUGGACCUGGGGUACCUGCUAAACUUCCAGGACCGAGCUCACUGCUCUAUAACGAGUAUAUUGUUUAUGAUGUUGGGCAAGUCCAGGCUAAAUACCUCAUUCGCAUGAACUUCAAGUACAAAAUGUAAUUGCAUCAUUUUUUUUGUUACCAUGCAUGUAUAAUGCGUGAUUUACUAUGUAUCGAGAUCAAUAAAUACGAUAUUUCUUGAAUAAAA